AUGACAUUUAAAAAAAAUAACUCCAACAUGUUGACCGUUCUAAAAGUUAAAAACAACAAAUGGAUUUUUUAUACAUUAAUAUUUAUUCUCAUUUUAUUCAUUGGUUCUUCACUUUUCAAAAAUUCAGAUGAUUUUAUUAAACCAAAAUAUUUAGUUCCAUUUGCAAAUGAACUUAGUGCUAAGCCUACUAACCUUAAAGAAUGGAAAAGAAGGCAUUAUUUAAUAAACUAUUUAAAUAAUGAACAGAAUUUAUUAAUUUAUGUAGCGCCGAAAGACAGUUAUAGAAGUGAUGACUCGAUAAAACUUAAAUACAAGUUUGAUAAAACUUUAGCAAAGUGUGAAGUACCAUGUAUCUGGAACGAAACACGCAUAGAAGAUUUAACAGCUGAAGAACUUAAAACUGCUGAUGCCGUCUUUUAUGUUAACCAAGAAGUUCCACUAAAGUCAAAAGCAUGGAGAGGACAGAAACUCAUACAAUAUACUUUAGAGUCUGCAACACAAUAUCCACAGUACCACGAUAAGAAUAAAUAUUUCGAUAUUCAUGUGACAUUUGAUGAAGAUUCAGAUGUAUCUACAAGUUUUAUUAAAGAUCCAGAAAAAUGGCGAACUAAACAACCCUUUGACAUGGAAAAACUCUCUCCAAGCUCUCCACCAAUUUCUUUAAUUGCUUCUCAGUGGACCAAAUUCCGUGAAGUUUGGAUUCAAACUCUCAAAGAUCAUAUUCCUAUUGCAUCUUUUGGUAGUGUCUACUGGACUGCUAAUUGGGAUAUUCAUCCGGAAUGCGCAAAUUUAGAACCAUAUGAAAUAAAAAAUUGUAUUAUCUCUAAAUACCCUUUUCAUCUAUCCAUUGAGAUAUCGCAAGAAAAAGAUUACUCUACUGAAAUACUUUGGGAUGCAUAUAACUCUGGAUCCGUACCUAUUAUAUGGGGUGCACCUAAUAGUCGUUCGUACCUACCACAUCCUAAAUCUGCCAUUUUUAUUGAUGAUUUUUCUGAUGUUAAGGCACUUGUUGAUCAUUUAAAGUAUUUAAUAGAAAACAAAACGGCUUAUUUAGAAUAUCAUGAAUGGAGAACUUCGAAAGAAUGGUCAGAAAGAUUUGAGAGAAAAGUAUAUAUGAACAUAGAAAAUAUGGAAUGUAAUGUUUGUAAAGAGGUUGCUAGGUUAAGAAUUUUAGAAGGAAGGGCCAACCUUCCACAGUUUCGAGUUGAUUUAGAGAAUAACGUUAAUAAUAUUUAG